UAGAGCAAAGAAAUAAGGAAAAUAUAGAGAGAGGGGAAUUCAAAUGCAGAGAUUCUCUUUCUUUACUUCCCCUCUCUCCCCCACCUUCAACAUUUCUCUUCCCCUCUCUCCUCCACCUUCCGCAUCUCUCUUCCCCUCUCUCCCCAACCUUUCAAAUUUCUCUUCCCCUCUAUCUCCUCCACCUUCCGCAUCUCUCUCCCCCACUUUCCACAUUUCUCUUCCCCUCUCUCCCCCACUUUCCACAUUUCUCUUCCCCUCUCUCUCCCCCUUCCACAUUUCUCUUCCCCUCUCUUCCCCACCUUCCACAUUUAUCUUCCCCUUUCUCCACCACCUUCUUCAUCUCCCUUUCCCUCUCUCCCCCACCUUCCACAUUUCUCUUCCCCUCUCUCCCCCACCUUCCACAUUUCUCUUCCCCUCUCUCCACCACCUUCCACAUCUCUCUCCCCCACCUUCCACCUUUCUCUUCCCCUCUCUCCCCCACCUUCCGCAUCUCUUUCUCUCUCUCCCCCACUUUCCACAUUUCUCUUCCCCUCUCUCUCCCCCUUCCACAUUUCUCUUCCCCACCUUCCACAUUUAUCUUCCCCUUUCUCCACCACCUUCUGCAUCUCCCUUUCCCUCUCUCCCCCACCUUCCACAUUUCUCUUCCCCUCUCUCCACCACCUUCUGCAUCUCCCUUUCCCUCUCUCCCCCACCUUCCACAUUUCUCUUCCCCUCUCUCCCCCACCUUCCACCUUUCUCUUCCCCUCUCUCCACCACCUUCUGCAUCUCUCUUCCCCACUUUCCACAUUUCUCUUCCCCUCUCUCUCCCCCUUCCACAUUUCUCUUCCCCACCUUCCACAUUUAUCUUCCCCUUUCUCCACCACCUUCUGCAUCUCCCUUUCCCUCUCUCCCCCACCUUCCACAUUUCUCUUCCCCUCUCUCCACCACCUUCUGCAUCUCCCUUUCCCUCUCUCCCCCACCUUCCACAUUUCUCUUCCCCUCUCUCCCCCACCUUCCACCUUUCUCUUCCCCUCUCUCCACCACCUUCUGCAUCUCUCUUCCCCACCUUCCUCAUUUCUCUUCCCCUCUCUCCCCCACCUUCCACAUUUCACAUCCCCUCUCUCCCCCACCUUUCACAUCUCUUCCCCGCCCAACCAUCUGUCUUUGCCCCUCUACCUCCUAUAUACUCAUCAUCUCCAGCAGGUUUGAUAAGACAAUCUCCAAAUGAUAUUUUCUUCACAACUGAUGUUAUACUCCUUUUAUCAAAAUAAUGCAAAAACCAUAUUCAUACAGAUAUAGAAUGCUUUUUAUUAAAGCUUCAAU